UGAACCUUAACUGGCAUUGGUUUUGAAAGUAUCACCUGUCUGCCACUCCCAGUGAGGAGAGAGAGAUAGGGAGAAACCAUCACACAUCAGUCUGCACGCAACUCUGGAUAUGACAAAUUGAAGAGGAUGUUAACAACAAACUCAAAGAGUGAGAUCCAGCCACUCCAGCCAAACAGAGGCCAAUGUUUUAGAAGCCGUUGCCUUAUGAAGUAUGGCUUCAUAUUCCUUUUGUUGACCUUGUGUGUUUUAUGCUUCACACUGUACAACUUGGAUGUCAAUAAUCAGAGGAGCAAAGUAUCAGUCAUGAUAAUGAAGAAAUUCAACACCACUUUGGCUUCAAAACCCACUGUUGAGACUCUGAAGACUACCAUGGUUGCUUCCAACAUGAUGCCGACUCCUACUGAUGAAGCUCUAAUGCAUCCCGAUGAGCCUACCAAGUCUACUGGUGUCUGCUCCUAUCAUUCUGUAUCCCCUGAAGAUGCAUUAGAGUUAAACAUGUUAAAGGAGUCAAUCACCUGGCCUACAACACCAUCUUUAUUAUCUAACUUUUCUCUAAAUGACACCAGUGAUCCAGCUCAAAGCACUUUUACUAUUCUACUGAGGAAAGGUGGAGGGAGUUGGCAUUUAGGGGAUCAGUUAGAGGUUCUGAUAAAUAUUCAUGACUUUCAAGAUUAUCCCAAGAAGUUUGAUGGAGAUGUCCUAUUGGCUCGGUUGCACAAUCCUGCUCUUUCUGCAGGUGUAGUAGGAACAGUGCUUGAUCAUCACAAUGGUUCCUACACUGCUGUUUUCUCUUUACUCUGGGAAGGAAGUGCACAAGUUGAGGUGACCCUUGAUCAUCCCAGCGAGGCGGUCACGGUUUUGGAAAAACUGACACAAGAGCAGCCUGACAGAAUUUACUUUAAAAGCACAUUUCGCUCAGGCUCCACAACCGAAACUGUUAGUUGCAAUGUGUGCCUUGAGGCUCCCAAACAAAAGCUGUGCAACUACACUGACAUCUACACAGGGGAGCCCUGGUUCUGCUACAAACCAAAGAAAUUGAGCUGUGCCAACAGAAUCACCCAUUCCAAAGGAGGUUUCAAAAAAAAAAUAGAACCUAGUGAAGAGCUGCUCUUUCAAAAAGGUAUCAACAUGAAAGUCUUUGUUCCACCAUCAGGACCUGCAAGCAUCAACAUUUUGCCGUCACUAAAAGGUCAAACUAAUGAAAUCAUGAAGACCAAACCUGCUGGUUAUUACUACAAAGGUGAAUGGCGAGCACUGGAUGGCACCACUGUAAAUCAGUUUAACAAUGGCACAGCUAUUAGCAGCUGUCUGAAAGGGAAGAUGGUUCACCUGUAUGGAGACUCCACUAUCAGACAGUGGUUUGAAUAUUUAAUCACAAGAACCCCAGAUCUAAAGAAGUUUGACUUGAAAAGUCCACAGCAAACAGGACCUUUUCUAGCCUUGGAUUAUAAAAACAAAAUCAUGGUUACAUUCCGCUGCCAUGGUCCUCCUAUUCGUUUUACGAAUUUAAUGAUCAGUCAGACACGUUUUAUUGCCAAUGAGUUGAAAGGUUUGGUUGGAGGCACCAACACUGUUAUAGUUAUUGGCAUCUGGUCUCACUUCAGCACUUUCCCUGUUGAGGUCUACAUCCGACGUCUGCUAAAUAUAAGGAGGGCAGUGGUGCAACUGUUGACCAGAGCUCCGGGGACACUGGUGAUCAUCAGGACAGCCAAUCCCAAAACACCAAAUCUCUAUGAGACACUGACCAACAGUGACUGGUAUUCCCUACAGCGUGACAAGAUUCUCAGAGCAGUAUUCAAAGGGGUGAAUGUCCGACUGGUGGAUGCCUGGGAGAUGACUGUUGCCCACAGCCUGCCACACAGCCUCCAUCCACAGCUUCCUAUAAUAAAGAAUAUGAUUGAUGUUGUUUUGUCCUACAUUUGUCCCACUGCUGGGGAACAAAAGAAAAAGUUUAGAACUGUAUAAAAUGCAGUUACCCACAAAGGACAAAUUAAUCAACAGUUUGGAUGACAGAUUCAAUCAUUAACAAAACAAAAGUAGAUAAAUUCGGUUGCAUGCUUGAAUGGGUAUUAUGGAAAAUAGUGUAAUAAGACAGUCUUUACAAUAUUGAAUAAAUGUUUUGAACAUUAUUGAUUUUUAAAUACUAAAAGGCUCUGUCACACUCUGACUUCAAACAGGCAGUAUCAAGAUUUGCCUUUGGUUCCCUAGCCUCUUUCACAUUACUACAUUAUGCUAGAUUAUGUUGAUUGGAUCCAAACUAGGGCUAGCAUGAGAGAUGCUAGGUUCCUGAAUCUGAUCCUGACCAAUUUUCAUUUUUUUUUGUUAGGGAUGUUAAAAAAUUUAAUUUUAAUUUCUUUUUAUUUCAAUUCUUAAUGUAUAUACGUCUUUAGUCACCACACAUUGUGUAAACAAAAUAAUGGAAACACUAGUCAGUUUCAGCUUGUUUAUUGCAUGCCAUUGUCUAAACAUUGUAAACAUUAGGGUGACUGAGGUUAAAGGAGAAAUAAAUUCAAGGAUCAUUUUUAUAUGGGUUAUUUAUAUUCAUAACGCUGAGCCUGGUUGUGCUGUAGGUUUCUUGCUGUUAAGAUUAAGUUUUUCCUCUCCACUGUCGCUACAAGCAUGCUUGGUUUGAGGGAUUUCCUUCAAGUAAAUGAGUCAAUGCAAUCAACUGGUUUUCCUUAGAUAGAAAACUUUGAAUCACUUUGACUGUAUGAUCUGGUUGAAUUGUCCCUGUACAGUGCCUAGAAAUGACUUGGCACUAUAUAAAUAAAC